CAAAAUAUCUAAUGCUCUUGCUUUCACUCCCCUUCUGCCUUCUUCAAUAUUUGACCUUUCACUUUCAGUUCAAAAGGACUUAAAUGUAUGGCAUGAAACCUAUGCCUUUAUUAUUCCAAAUCUGUCAUUAACAGUAACCCAUUUUCCUCUUCCUUCUUCUGUAAACCAAAGACUGUAUAUUUUUAUUUUUAUAUAUAUCCCCACCUCUCCUGAGUUUUUUAACGUUGUGAGUUUUUUAACCUUGUGAGUAUUAUAUUUCAUUUACCCUUUCUGCAACUCUCUUGUUUUUCUUUUUCUUUUUUUCUAAUAUACUUUCGGUUUUUUUCUUGUUCUUCUUUGCUGGGUUGCAUUUGAUGCCUUUGUUAGGUGAGUAGAUAGACGUUUUUGUUGCUUUCUUUACUCUCCCCCCCCCCCCCCUUUUUUUAUGGGUUACUUUUCGUUUUUUUAACCCGGUCUUUGAGGCUGAUAAACUGGGGGAUUCUUUUGCAUAAUCCAAAUUGCAAGAAAAGUUUAUUGAGAUCAGAUGGAAGAGCAAAUUGAGUUUCGUCACUGGGACGAACUAAUUCCUGAUGCACUUGGGUUGAUCUUCAGCAACCUGUCCCUACAAGAGGUAUUAACAGUCAUUCCCAGCGUCUGCAAAUCCUGGAGGAAGGCUGUCACAGGGCCCUAUUGUUGGCAAGAGGUAGACAUUGAAGAGUGGAGCAGUCGAUGUCAGCCCCACCAUCUUGAUCGGAUGCUUCGAAUGCUCAUCACCCGAAGCUCCGGAUCUCUCCGCAAGUUAUGUGUUUCGGGCCUCCACAAUGAUUCCAUUUUCUUCUUCAUCACUGAGAAUGCUGGUUCCCUUCAGACUUUGCGAGUGCGGAGAAGCGAAAUGAGUGAUUCGGUGGUUGAACGAACUGCGGGGAGGCUUUCCACGAUUACCUUUUUGGAUUUGAGUUACUGUGGGAAAAUCGGUGCCGGAGCUUUAGAGGCCAUUGGGAGGCAUUGCAAACUGCUCGUCACCCUGUGCCGCAACAUGCACCCACUGGAUGCGGCUGGUAAGCUCUUGCAGGAUGACGAGGCAAAUGCCAUAGCUACUACGAUGCCUAGGUUGAAGCGCCUCGAGAUGGCUUAUCAUCUUAUCAGCACAGGGAGUGUUAUGAACAUCCUUGCCGGCUGUCCCCAGCUUGAACUUUUGGAUUUAAGAGGCUGCUGGGAUGUGAAACUCGAUAGUCAGUUGAUGAAGGAAAAGUUCCCGAAAUUAAAGGUCUUAGGGCCCUUUGUCAUGGAUUACUAUGAGAUGGAUGAUUGGGAUGAUGAUUGCUCGGACUACGAUGAUUGGGAUGAUGAUUGCUCGGACUACUCUGACAAUUCCGAGUAUUUGGCUUGGGAGUUUGAAAUGGGCGACUACGAUGAUUACGACAUCUACGACGGAAUGUGGCAUGACGAUGAGGGGAGAUUCGAGGAACUUGAGCUGAGAUUCUACGAAGGAGAUGGCGAAGAAGCAGGAAUUCUGGGUUGGCCUCAAUCUCCAUAGGCUCUUUCUCUUGCUUAAUAUGAUAUCAUGUGUUCCUAUUAAAAAUACAUGUUAUGUUUCAGUCUGAACUUAAAAAAAUGGUGUGGGUUUAUUGUUGUCACUUUUUUAAUUUUCCUGAUUACCCGAACAAAAAAAGGAAUGCACUUCGUACAUAAAA